AUGGUACGCACUGUUCAGAGAUCCGAGGUUCGUGGAGAAGAACAAGAGGUUGGGUAAAGCAGCGAGGGAGUCCAUGUUACUGACCAAACAUGAGGUUUAUUCAAUCGCCGGAGAUCUCCAUAGCACCAGUGACGUUUUACAUACACCUAUCAUCCAGCUUACAGGUAAACUUAGAAACCUAAAGGGUUCAAAAGAUUUGGACUUCUUCUCUCAUUUAUUUCACUGUGACGGUUUAAUGUUAUGCUCAACCGAGUGGAACACUAGACUCGUGGUUUGGAAUCCAUGUACCGGUCAAAGAAGGAAGAUCAAACCAAGAACUCGUUACCGCACUGAAGAUAAGUUUGCUCUAGGAUACACCACAUCUUCUUCUUCUUCUUCUGGCCGUAGCUACAAAAUCUUCAAGUAUAGGUUUUAUAGAAACAGCCAGAAACUGUGGGUUGCUGAUUGUGAGAUCUAUGAGCUUUGCUCUGAUUCUUGGAGAGUUCUUGAUUCCUUCACUCUUGACUCUGACUUGUUUUUCAACGGCAUGUCUUUGAAAGGAGAUACUUAUUGGGUUGCCUCUGGACCUGUAAGAGAAGGAACCGAUUUUUUCUUGAUGAAGUUUGAUUUCACGGCAGAGAGAUUUGUCCGUCUCCCUCUUCCGUUUAAGAGUUCUAGUAUUUUAGAUACCAAGCUUCUUUCAGUUGUUAGGGACGAAAAGCUCUCGGUGUUACACAUCGAUGACGUGACGGAUGUGAUGAGGAUAUGGGUGACCAAUAAGAUUGAUGAUGAGGACGCCAAAGACUUUUCGUGGAGGAGUGACUUGGUCUUGGAAGUGGGUUCUGCUAAAUUUAACUUGAGUGUGGAGAACUUCUUGUUAGAUGAGGAGAACAGAGUGGCAGUGUGUUGUGACAAGUUCACGAGUGAUGGAGAUAGGACAAUGGUCUACCUUGUUGGGGAGGAUUUGUGUAAGCAAGUUUAUGAAGAUAUUAGGAACGCAUCUCCUGUUAAUUGGCCACUUGUCCUCACUUAUGUUCCAAGCUUGGUUUCGAUUCACUAAGAAGCAAAGCUUGUUUAUGAUUUUUUUUGCGACUCUUCUUAUGCUUUUGUGUAUGGGAUCCUUUGUUCAAAAUACGUGUAUACACUUUCACCUCAAAUGUUUGAUGUUGGAGAAUAUCA